AUGUCAUCCAAUAAACACAAUGAUAAUAAUGGUGAUAAUGACACACAAACAGUAGAUGAUCGUGCAAACUCAGCCGAUGGCGAUGAUUCUAUAAAUUCACUAACACAUGAUGUUGGCAAUCUACGUCUUAGAUUGACAUCAAGUUCUCUUGACAAUUUACGUUCUUCUCAAAAAGCUCCUUGUCGAAAUGGGUUAAAGUGCUUCAAUUCAUUUUGUCAAUAUAAUCACCCAUCUGGAUGGAAGGCAUGCGAAUGUGGUGCUAAGUGUAGAGAAUUUGAUUGCCAGGCAAAUCAUCCGUUUGAUCGACAAAAACGCUGUAGAAACGGUGCUGCUUGUAGGAGAUGCGGAUGCGAGUUUUUACAUCCAGUAAAAUUGUCAGACAAAUGUCGAGAUGGAGUUGAAUGUCGACUUUGGAAUUGUGAAAAGUGGCAUCCUAGAGAUCGUCCAAAAAUUUGUCCUUUCGGUAAGCAAUGUUACAACACAACUUGUCAACAUGUUCAUCCAUCUGAUAGACAAUUGUGUCCACACGGUGGAGAAUGUACAGAAAUUAAUUGUCAAUUAGAUCAUCCUAAGAGUCGUGCAAUUGCUUGUCCACAAGCAAGUUCUUGUGAUAAUUAUUUUUGUCAACGUUUGCAUCCUGAUGAUUGGAAUCCAUGUAAAAUAGGCAGCGAUUGUGAAAACUCAAUAUGUUCACACACUUGCCAUCCAUUGAAUGGAAUUUUAAGUGAACAACAAAUACAAAGCGACGUCGAACACCAAUCAAAAUCAUGCUCAAUAUUAAAAUCCGUCCAACAACGUAACAUCGAACGAGAAAAGACAAAAUUGCCUAUUCUCGCUGCCAAAGACGAGUUUUGUCAACGAUUGGAAAAAGAACGAGUACUUGUUAUCACAGCAGAAACAGGCAGUGGUAAAAGUACUCAACUACCUCAAUACGCUGCUGAAUACUUUGGUGGUUUGGUUGUUUGCACUCAGCCAAGGGUAAUCACAGCAAUGUCUCUUGCACGUCGUGUAGCUGAAGAAUACGAUGGAAUCUCAGUAGGAAAAUCAGUUGGGUAUCGAGUUGGUCAAUCCAGUGUUGGAAGAGAGAGAAAUCGAGUUCCUGGAACAGAUAUUCUCUUUAUGACUGAUGCUAUUUUUAUUCAAGAAAGCCAAGACGAUGAUCAAUUGGGCAACGUUCGAGUGUUGAUCAUCGAUGAAGCACAUGAAAGAUCUUUAAAUACCGAUAUUGUUUUGGGAAUUGCGAAACUGUUACUAAUUACACGAUCAACAGAUUUCUAUGUCGUCAUUGCUUCAGCGACUAUUGAUCCGGCAAAGUUUCUCAAGUUUUUUCAGCGAACAAAUUUCGUCUCAUUGACAGUUCCAGGUCGUAUUUAUGAUGUAUCUGUCGAAUAUAAUCCCUUUACGGAUAAAUCACUCCUGCAACAUGCCGUUUCUACAAUACAAAACUUGUAUGACAAACAUCAAGGACACACAUUGGUAUUUCUUCCUGGACAACGUGAGAUCAAGGAUGCUAUACAGCUUUUUAAUCAAAGAAUACCCGAUAAUUGUGUUGCAUUACCGUUGUAUAGUGCUCUUUCGCUAGAAGAGCAAGAUCGAGUACUUCAAUUUGAUGAAGAUUCCAACGGCGUUCGUCGAAUGGUUGUUUUCUGUACGAAUAUUGCUGAAACAUCUUUGACAAUAAAAGAUACCUGUCUUGUCAUUGAUUCUGGACUGGUCAAACAACCUCGUUUCGAUCAUGAAAAUCGUCUGACAGUUAUUGAAACUGUGCAAAUCUCUCGUUCAUCUGCUGAUCAACGCAAAGGAAGAGCCGGUCGAACAGCACAAGGACAUUGUGUUCGCCUCUACGAUGAAAAUGAUUUGACUCGCCCUGAUAUUGAACCUGAAAUUCUUCGAGCCUCACUUGAUCGUGCUGUUCUUCAACUAGUUUAUUUGGAAUUGAAUCCGCAGGAAUUUCCGUUAAUCGAUCAACCUGAACAAACAGUUAUCGAAACAUCAUUAGAGCUUUUGAAAGAUCUUUCUUGUAUUGAUGAUGACCAAAUCAUUACCAAGCAAGGAAAGCUUUUCGCCAAACUCGGUCUUGAUCCUCGUUAUAGUGCAUUCUUGAUUGAUACCUAUCUUGAACAUGCUGAGAUUCUCGAAUUGGUAGUUACGAUUGUGGCCAUUUUAUCAGCACCCGGUUCUCUAUUUUCGGUGGGUGGUCUCACUGACGAGGAGAAACAAUUCGUUCAAAAUCGCAUUGUCGAUGGGGCUAAGAAACAUGACAGUGAUUUGUUGCAUUUUGUUUCAAUUUAUAAAAACUGGCAUAUCGCAGGUGCUCUUGAUCCGAUUAAGCGCACAUGUUUGACAUGUAGAAAAACUUGGAAAAUGGAAUAUUCAUGUCGAGAAUGUCGAGCAGCACACAGUAGGAGUGUAUUACUGAACAACAAAAUUCUGAAUAUUGUCGAAAAUGUUUAUCAUGACUUGAUCGAAACGAUUAACGGUUCACGUUGGCAACUCAACCCUGAGUCAUUAUCGAAUGCAAAUGAAAGUGAUAUCAUCGGCAGCAAUCUCUACAAGUAUUUUUCGAAUCAAUACGGUAUUUUCCGCAGAACAAAUAAGACAAAGUUAAAUGCCCAUAUGGUUGAAAAAGGAUUCGAUGCAGGCAUAAGCGACACCAGUAUUUUCGCUCAUCGAGAAACUACUAAUCCUCAUUUUAUAGCAAUGUCACUCGUGAAACUGUCUUCUGGUCGUUAUUUGGUUGAUCGAUUGCAUCCGUUUCAAUCACCUGGUUCGUUUAAAAGCGAGAGAAAAGAUAGUAACGUCAUCGCUAUGGAAUCAAAAUCUGAAAUAGAAUAA